CCCCCUCCUCUGCCCAUAUAAUGAGGGCCCCGUCACCACAUACAGGCGGGGUCCUCCGCAUCCUCCCAAUGGGCGCCCACCCUUCUCCCUUUCACCGCCCCGGGCUUCCGGCCCUGCCUCCCUUCACUACACAGCGAGCCGGGGACUGCAGGGUGAUGCGGCCGGACAAUGAGCAGCUGGACCCUGAAGCUGAGCACUGUCAUGGUCUGCGCAGUCUUGGGAUUCGUACUACACGUAGUAAACCUUGCUGUUCAAAGCCUGGUUGUGUCUGCAGACAAGAACGUCUCUUCUCUACCUUAUGACUUUCAGAAGAUCAAUCUACCGGUUGGGCACCUGCCCUGCUUCCUGCACAAUAACCAUGAUGUGGCCAGAUCCUGCAGCCAGGACCCCAGCUGUCCUUUUAGGGAACACCUGACACAACUAGAUUCUUGUUGGGGUUAUGAGAAGUCAUGCAGGAAAGAAGACCGAUUCAGUUAUCCUGUCUGCGACAAGGUGGACUCUGGUUGGGCAAGAAACUUGGAGGGCGCUCAAGAAGUAUUUUGGAGACAGGCAGACUUUGGUUAUAUUAUGGAGCGACUGGCUGAAGCACAAGUGAUCUGUCAUCCACGUCAGCCGGGAGACUCUCUAUUGGCCUGUUCCAGCCAUCUUCAGCACUGUAGAACCACCAACCUUUAUUUAGACUUAAGAAAACCUAGACGAUCACAAGACAGAUUUAAAGAAGACUUUCUACAGGAAGGUGAGAUUGGAGGUCAUUGUGAUCUUGACUCACAGAAGCUGCUUUCUCAAGGUGAUCGCAAGAGUCCCCUACAGUCUUGGUUUGCAGAGCUGCAGACAUACAGCUCCCUGACGUUCAGACCCAUAGAAGAUGGACACUGUGACAUCAUUGUAGAGAAGCCUACGUAUUUCAUGAAGUUAGAUGCUGGUGUCAAUAUGUAUCACCAUUUCUGUGAUUUUGUGAAUCUCUUUAUUACCCAACAUAUAAACAACUCCUUCAGCACUGAUGUCCAUAUUGUCAUGUGGGACACAAGUUUCUAUGGCUAUGGCGAUUUGUUUAGCGAGACGUGGAAAGCCUUCACAGACUAUGAAGUUACGCACUUGAAAGUGUACGAUUCAAAACGGGUCUGCUUUAAGGAUGCUGUGUUUGCGCUCCUGCCCAGGAUGAGAUAUGGCUUAUUUUACAACACGCCGCUGAUUUCAAAUUGCCACAGCACCGGAUUAUUCAGAGCGUUUUCACAACACGUGCUCUUCCGGCUGAACAUUUCCCAAGAAACUCUAAAGGAGAAGAAAAUUCGAGUCACCAUUCUUACGCGCAGCACAGAGUUUCGGAGAAUACUAAACUUAGAUGAGCUGGUCCAUGCCCUAAAGGCUAUCCCGCUCUUCCAGGUCACUGUUGUGGAUUACAAAUAUAGAUCUCUUGGAUUCCUCAAACAGCUGGAGAUCACACAUAACUCUGACAUAUUUAUAGGGAUGCACGGGGCCGGACUGACACAUUUACUCUUCUUACCAGACUGGGCUGUUAUAUUUGAGCUGUAUAACUGUGAGGAUGAAAGGUGCUACUUAGACUUGGCCAGACUUAGAGGAGUUCACUACAUCACGUGGGAGAAAGCAGAUAAAGUUUACCCUCAGGACAAGGGACAUCACCCGACUUUGGGAGAACACCCGAAAUUUACCAAUUAUGCCUUCGAUGUAGAGGAAUUCGUUAGGCUGGUCAGCUCUGCCGCAGAGUACGUGUCUCGCCAUCCUGAGUGGCCUCUCCGAAGACGCCGAGAUGAACUGUAACCAGAAAAGGAAGCAAUUCCCCAUAGAUUGUUUCCGCUCUGUUGUAUUUUAUAAUGUAAUAAAUUAUUUAUUUAUUCUAAAGAAAAAUGAUUAUAGUUGUUGGAAUUUGAAGUCAAUAUUUAUGAUCCAUUUUAGCUUCUGUUUACCCAUUUUAAACUUGGCCUCAAUUAUUCAUUUUAUUGUUGUUUGUUUGUUUUUGUUGUUGUUUUUUUUUCUCUCCUUUUUUUCUGUUUUUUAAAUCGCAUUUAGAGAGAUGCUUCACAAUAAGACCCAUGGACAUGGGCAACAAUAGACAGAAUCAGUCCUAUUCACAGUAAUGGGAAAUGUUACUAGGCAUUCUCCUUGACUGUAAAGGUUGUUCCACUGGGAAGGCUAAGUUCUGAGCUUUAGCUGUUGUAGAGAUCCUGGGGGAUAUUUGUCAAGGCUUAUACACUGUGCGAUCUUUUGACUUUCACUCACUACGUGACUUUUACGAUUCCCGCUGAUGUACACUUUUCUCAAAAAGCGACACUACAAACCAGCCCAGAACUGGCUUACAAAACCUACUGUAAACAGCAAUUAAAAGAAAAUCUCAGAAAAGCUGCAGAGAAGGGAUCAUACAAAGUGGUGGUCUGCAGUGGAAUUUCCCAAAAAUGUGUAUUAGCACCAUAAACAUCACAUGCCCUGCAACAUGUCAUACUUUUGGUGUACGUAUACUCCAAUUACACCAUCAAAACCUGUGUAUCAGUGCACCUACGCUGACUUUGAUAAAUCUCCCCCCCCCCAUGUCUACUAGUGUCACCUUUCACUGUAAUUAUGUACUGAUCAUUUUCCAGCCCCUCCUUAUCAUCCCAAUCAGAACAGGACGACCUAACCCCUUAAGGACAUUGGGAUUACUUUCCUUUUUUCCUCCUCCCCUUCUAAUAGCCAUAACACUUUCUAAUUACAGACCCAUGUAAGGGCUUGUUUUUUGUGUCACCAACUGUACUUUGUAAUGACAUUACUCACUUUACUACAAAAUCUACAGUGAAACUAAAAGAAAGAUAUAUAUUUGUGGUGCAAAAUAAAAUAAAAAAGCAACCCCCCUCCCUCAUUAUAUAACUUUUAGGGGCUUUCUAUGUAGUGCACCUUUCUGUAAAAAAAAAAAAAAAAAACAUUUCAAAUCUUUAAAAAAAAUCUUAAUCCUUCCAGUUCUUAGUAACUUUCCCUAGACUGUAUACAAAAUCAUUGUAUACUGUAUAUAUUCUUGCCUAUAUGUACUAUGUUUUAUUUGGUUUAUAUGUAUAUGCCAUUGUGCUACCAAUUUCAGCGGAAAGCCUUAUAAGCCCAUAUCCCCUGUUGUUGCCAAGAUAAUAGAAGCAAUAAAAUGGGUAAAAAUUCUAAAUCCUUGAUGCUCGAGAGGGGUGGAAGCUAAAGCUCUGCCUGGUGAUCAAUAAAUUAUAUAUAUGUUGGAUGGCAACAAAGCACUGGAGAGUUCUGAAGUGGCAGCAAUGAGUCCAGAUCUAAAUUCCAUUGAACAUCUGUGGAGAGAUCUGAAAAUUGCUGUUGGGAAAAGGCGCCUUCCAAUAAGAGAGACCUGGAGCAGUUUGCAAAGGAAAAGUGGUCCAACAUUCCGGCUGAGAGGUGUAAGAAGCUUAUUGAUGGUUAUAGGAAGCCACUGAUUUCAGUUAUUUUUUCCAAAGGGUGUGCAACCAAAUAUUUAGUUAAGGGUGCCAAUAAUUUUGUCCAUUUUUGGAGUUUGGUGUGAAAUUAUGUCCAAUUUGCUUUUUUCCUCCCUUUUUUUUCGUUAAGUCCUAAUACACACAAAGGGAAUAAACAUGUGUAUAGCAAAACAUGUGUUACUGAAAUCCUUUUCUGUAAGAAAUACUUCAUUUUCUCGAAAAAUUUCAGGGGUGCCAACAUUUACGGCCAUGACUAUAAAAUCUAUAGCUGAAGGAAACAGGGUAAAGUCCACAUGUUGGACGCUAUAUAUAUAUAUGAUUUGGGUUGGUCAACUUUGUGAUAAAAAAUUUAGCUGGUAUCAGAAGAAAUUAAUUUUAUAACAUGAAUAAACCUGACAGAAGUGGGAAC